ACCAGCCCUCUAGUAGUAACAGAAUGUUGCAGGCGGGGGAACCUGCAGUGAUCGCGAUGGGACUCUAUGAGAUAGCGAGAUGGACUAUUGGGGAUGAUUGUAUGAAAACGCGUUAGCACGGUGAAUAUCACAUGGGGGAUAGCAGUGUAUUGGUCCUGGCUUUUUGCGUCAUUACAGUAAGGUCGUUUUUAUAAUAUUUGAUGACAAUUACCAAUUUAAAGCAGAGGAUAGAAAGUUGACCUGAUUGCCUUUGGAUGUUGCGGUGCUCAUUGUAACCGGCGGUGAUGUUAAUGUAAGUUGCAAUUAAUAGGUUAACUAUCUGCUGGACUUGUAUUCUAAUCCUACAGAGGAAAAGAGGAGAAGAGGGCAACAGGAAUCUGACAUUUUACGGAACUGUCUCGAGAGAUUGAAAGCAAACUGUUUGCAAAGGACAUUUGUAAAGACGUAUCCAUAUUUACCCAAAGUGUUCAUUUGUGUAUUUGUAUUUAAGUAAUUAGUCAGUGCUGAAACGCACCAUUAUGGCACAUUGCUGUUAAAGCCAUAAUGGAAAUGUCUGUGGUGUUUAUGAAACAGUAUUGGUCUUGGCCAUUUAAUUUAAUUAUUUUCAAAGAGAGGAACUAGUUCAGCAUGACAGUUUUAGUCACAUUUCGACACACUGCACGAACUUUAGGCUACUGCUGAAGAGACAAGGUGAAUGAUCUUUCAGGUUGCAGCCUUUUAGAAACUUUUAGGUUCAUUAUGAUAGAAACAUCUUCGUCAUGUUAGUCAUGAUUUUAUUAAUUGUUCCAAAUGUGCUAUUUUGUAUGACCGACUGAUGCCAGCAUUAAAUGCCAACAUUGUUAUUAUUACAUAAUAACGACAGAGUAGUGGACACAUCCUUCAUGUCUAGAGUAGAAAACACAUUACCCUGAUAGUGCUUGCUGACCUUUGCUGUUUAAAUGUUAGAUAUUUGGAUCUUAUUUUCAAAAUAACACGUACGUUACAUUAGGGAAGAAAUUCAUUUUAGGGCACUAAGAUGUUUUUUUCAAUAACCCUGUGACGUGACACUAGCUUACGAUAUGACGUCGAGAUGUUACGUUAGCAGUUAUUGUAAACUAUGGUUAGGUCACAAUAAAACAGCGUAUUCUGUCGCUUCCCAUCAAUGAAAAGGCUCAAGUGCAGCAUGAUGCGUCCCAGACUAUUGAAGCCGUCAAUGACUCCAAGGACUGUCGACGAGAAGGGCAUGGGAUCAUAAGUGACACUGGUCUGUUAAUGGAGGAAGUGAACCGAAAGGAAAUAGAAAGUUGACAUCAGUGUUUUUUGAAAGAGGACUGUGGAUGCACAGACAUGCAGCUGUGGAUGGGACCAGACAGUCGCCAAAUGGGAUAGAGUUGACCGAACUGUCGACACUCGUGGAUUACAGAACAUUUCCAUCAUUGCAACACACAAACAGGCGCGCGCGAAGAAGUCAUCUAAAGGACGUUCCCAAAACACACCCAGAUAAAUGCUAAAUUACUAAUUCAUCAUGCGGACAAAGUUGAUGUAAAAAAGAGAGCGCAGUGUCCAUGCGUGUCUCUCCUGAGGUCUGGACCUUGGUUUGGAUUGUGUUGUUCUUUAAUGCCAUGGGCUGCAUCCAGAGUAUCAGGUGUAAGCCGAAGAGUUUCCGCGAGAGUAUCAGCGUUUUGGAAGUGAACUCCUCCAUUGACCCAAACCCCACCAGCAUAGACGAGUCCUCCAGCGUGGUGCUGCGAUACAGGACACCGCAUUUCCGAGCCUCGGCUCGGGUUCUGGUACCGCCGGUGGCCGGGAAAGAGACGUGGACCGUUGGCUGGAUUCAAGCAUGCAACCAUAUGGAGUUCUACAACAAAUACGGAAACAAAGGGAUGUCCAGCUGGGAGCUUCCGGACCUGCGGGACGGUAAAAUCCACGCCAUAAGUGACUCGGACGGCGUGAACUACCCCUGGUACGGCAACACCACAGAGACGUGCACCAUUGUGGGCCCCACCAAGAAGGACACGCGCUUCACGGUCAGCAUGAACGACAACUUCUACCCGAGCGUGACGUGGGGCGUGCCGGUCAGCGACAGCAACGUCCCGCAGCUGAGCAGCAUCCGCCGCGACCAGAGCUUCACCACGUGGCUAGUGGCCAUCCACCAGGGCACGGGCGAGACGCUGGUGCUGCAGACGGUGCGCUGGCGGAUGCAGCUGCACAUCGCCGUGGACCCAGACAAGCCGCUCGGCCAGCGGGCGCGCCUCUGCGACCCUGUGGCCCAGGAGCAGCCGCAGGUGCUGGUCAAGAAUGAGGCCAUCCCGGCCAACGCCAUGGUCAAGCCCAACGCCAACGACGCUCAGGUGCUCAUGUGGCGGCCAAAGACGGGCGACCCCAUCGUGGUCAUCCCGCCCAAGUACUGACUGACCGACUGACCCCUCGACCCCUGAACCCUGACCUCUCGAGCCCCUGCAGGCGCGUCCUGUCUCCUUUUCUAAACGCAGAGAUGCGGAGAGCACGGACCGGAGCAGGACUCUCCUCCUGGAGAGGGAGAGGGAGAGAUGAACAGAUCAAACUGGAAUAAAACCAAGAACUACAACUAUUCUACCUUCAAACUGGGUCGGGAUUCACUGUGCUAUAUAUAGACAUUGCAAAAAAAAAGGAAAGACACAAAAAAGAAGAAGAAUGAUUUGGAGCUUGUUUUGUUUGUUUUGUUUGUUUUGUUUGUUGUUUUUUUCAGUGGGAGUUCAGAAGAGAAUGAUGAGUAUUUGUUUAUUGAGAAGGUUGGCACAUGCACAUAUGCACAGCUUUUUGGUGGUGUUAUAGUCUAAGGUGUGUGAAGGAACGGGCAUUUUUGUAAUGGAAAGCACCUUUGGGCUUCGACUAGAUGAGGCGGGCGUACAGACGCUGUGUUUGAGUGACACGCUCGUGUACUAGUGUAGACAUUCAAUCCAUGCUGCCUUAUGUUUACAUUGCUUUUUUCACUCAGACUUGUAGCCUUAAAAUGAUGUGCAAUGCAGUAUUCCUCCCUCACACACACACACACACACUUACCUGGUCCGCAUCCGCUGCUGGUCUGUGACCCGGGACCCGUCCAGAGUUUGGAGAGAACAGGCUAGUGGAGAUCUCCACAGCAACCAUACCCCUCGUCCAACCAAUCUGUGAUGUGCUCCUGAUCGUGACAAGGUCAGAGGUCAAGGUCAGACAUGGAGACAGUACUUUUAUGUGCUCCUGAUCGUGACAAGGUCAGAGGUCAAGGUCAGACAUGGAGACAGUACUGUGAUGUGCUCCUGAUCAUGACAAGGUCAGAGGUCAAGGUCAGACAUGGAGACAGUACUGUGGCGUGUGACUGGAUAAGUUGUAGUUCUUGUAGCAUUUGCAGCUUUUAUAGAACACAAUAGUAGCCGGCGAACACUCUGGGGGGGUCAGACAGGCCAACUGGA